UCCAUGGUCGCCGCCCCCGCCCCCGCCCCCGCCGCCGGCGAGGCGACCCCGCCCCCGGAGCCGCCUCCGUCCCGCGUGUCCGUUCGCUCCUCCUCGUCGUCCUCCCGGCGCCGAUGCGCCCUCUCGAGCCGUUUCCGUGAGCCGGCGAGCCCGCGGCGCCACGCGUGGGUCUCCCUCCAGGGCCGCCUCGUCGGCGCCGAGGAGGCGGCGUCCGCUGAUGCGGCCGCGCCGGGCCUCCCGUCGGACGAGGCGACGGCGUGGGAGCUCUUCAGCCCGAUGCACCGCGUCCUCCUCGUCGCCACCGUGGCGGCCGCCUCCUCCCGCUCCCACGCGGCCCGCCGCAUCGAGCAGCUCCAGCGAUUGAUUCAUUUCAGGGAUGAGGUGCUGCAAAGCAUGCAGCAGAAGCUGGAUGAUCUGUUGUCCGAGAUGCACUCCCUGCAACAGCAAUAUGUCAAGUGCGACAGCUUCAUUUCCACCCAGAGUGAAAAGGUUGAGUUGGUAAGCAGCAAGAAGCUAAUGGAUGAGGAGGGAACCAGAUGCUGUGCGUGCUCACAGCUGGUGACUGCUGCUACUCCUUACAAGACAAAGGAUUUCUGUGGAAUGGAUGAUGCAAAGAGCGAUGUAGUUGAUAGGACUAGUGUAAGUCUUGUGGAUCAUGAGGAGCGCCGGAUGUCGGAUCUCUCAGACAUUUGGAGUGUCGUAUCCUCUGUGGAUAAUCAUUUAAGCGGGGACAAUCAGCUAAGUUCACUGGCAGCAGAACAAGAGUUGUAUAACAUUCAGAAGGAAUGUGAAGAGAAGGAUGCAAUUAUAAAGGAACUGACUGCAGCUGCACAUACAUCUAGCACUGCUGAUGCCAAGAGAAUUGCAGAGCUGCAGGAUAUUCUCAAAAGGAAAAACAUGGUGAUAUCCAAACUGAAGAAAGACAUGUCAGCUCUGAAGCAGAUGGUUGUUGAACUAACAAGGGCUAAAAGAGCAUCUUCUGUCAACUUAAAUACAGCCUGCUCUGAACUCCCAGUGAUGUCAAGCAAUAUUUUAUAUGAUAUGAGUAGCACUAGCCCAUCAUCAUCGGAUUCUGAGUCUCCUGUAACAACGAGAGAAUGCCUUAAUGUGCAGCCCACUGACGGCACUCCCGGAGACUGUGAAUCCACAGGAAGCUCUAGAGUAUCAGUGCGAAAAACAUCUCUUCCUCCAGCAAAAUCAUCAGUGCGCUCGACUGCCCCACUCAAAGAGAAAUGUUUAAAUCCGAAAGUGGAAACAAGUUUGGUUGGUAGACAGAAGCAACUUUUAUCCUCUAAUGGAGACUUUAAAAAGACUAGAAGACAAAGUCACCAAGAUUCACGGAAUAAAGCUACAAAGAGAUGGAUGUAGAAUCUGGACUGCAAGAACUUAUUACCAGAUAGAUCAGGAAGGAAGGAAGUUGGUUGGUUAGGAUAGCCUGUCAGGGUGAUGCUUCCUAGCUCCUGCUGUUGUCCGGUGAAAGAAAAUGGAUCCAUGUGAUGCAAGUUGCUACAUACUUUAGUUAUGUCUGUCAUGGAGCCAACCAAUCCAUGAUCUAGGCUCGCCAUUGGUAUCUUCUCCGUUGUAAAAUAUGUCAUUUGGAUCUCAACAGUCGGCAUCUCCCUGGUCAUGAUUCUUGAACCCAUCGUUUAUAGUAUUUAAUUGCUGGAUUAGUUUAUCUGACGGAAUCUCGGAGCUCGUUUUAAAAUUAAAUGGUACUCCCUAA